CGCUUUGGCUCAGUGGCUCACAGUAUCACGGUAAAUUCUUCCGGCUCUGGUCGGUUGAGCGAAAUUGGCUCUUUCAUGCUUUCUAUCUUUGAGGUAUUUAUGAUACGUUUGUUAUAAAAGAACCAACCCGAGGCUAGCGAUAGAAGCGUGUGGAAAGUAUUUAGCGAGGAUAUACAGUGCAAUAUCUGUGUUUUGUUGGAAAGUUACUGAGUUAAUCAGUCGCAGUGUGUAACCGUUAGCUUAGCCGGCUAAGCUAAGCAGGACGGUUGAGUUAGCAAAUAAAUUUUCGGGUAACAGCAAAGAAAAAGAGAGAGAGAGAGGAAAGGAGAAGAGACGAGACAUGGGCUCCAGAGCAUCAUCCCUACUCAGAGAGGAGGACAUUGAGGAAAUUAAAAAGGAAACUGGAUUCUCGCACAGUCAGAUCACUCGCCUCUACAGCCGAUUCCACAGCCUGGACAAAGGCGAGAAUGGCGCGCUCAGCCGUGAAGACUUUCAGAGAAUUCCAGAGCUGGCCAUCAACCCUCUUGGUGAUCGGAUAAUUAAUGCCUUCUUCUCAGAGGGAGAGGAUCAGGUGAACUUCCGAGGCUUCAUGAGGACGUUGGCACACUUCCGGCCUGUCGAAGAUAACGAGAAGAACAAAGACCUGACCAUCGAGCCGCUCAACAGCAGGAACAACAAACUGCUCUUUGCCUUCCGUCUCUAUGACCUGGACCGAGAUGAUAAAAUCUCUCGAGAUGAGCUACUCCAGGUGCUACGAAUGAUGGUGGGUGUGAAUAUUUCUGACGAGCAGCUGGGCAGCAUCGCAGACAGGACCAUCCAGGAGGCCGACACCAACGGAGACAUGUGCAUCUCCUUCAGCGAGUUCAUAAAGGUGUUGGAGAAAGUUGACGUUGAGCAGAAGAUGAGCAUUCGCUUCUUGCACUGAAGCACCACUCGCUUCCCGCUGGACUGAACUCUAAUUCAAGGCCGUUCACACCAUGCGGGACCUGCUGCUGGUCUGUCGCAUUUCGGCCUCCUCGGCCACAAUUACUCGUCUUAUGGGCGUCGAUGCUUUGUAUCUUAUUUUUGUUUCUUUCGUCAAAUAAUUGCUCACGAUCACAUUCGCGUUGUUUGAAUCAAAGGGAAUUUUGACGUGCCUUCAAUUGUUGACCUGGUCAGCCUGGCUGUAAUAUUUAUUCUGGACAAUUCCUGGUUCGAAUCCAGUUCUCUUAUUGUUCCGUGCAAUGUAGUGGACGUAGUGAUGGAGUAGUUUGAACACUUAUCGUGGGUUACCAUAUGCAGAGCCAAAUCUGUUGCUUUUAAUGUGAUCUGUGCGUCUUAAUCAGUGUAACACUCACUGCAAAAACAACCUGCAACUUGACACUUUGCUUGACUUUUUUUUUUUUUUUUUCUUUAAUAUUUUGUGAAAUCUCAGGAUAUGUAAUUGAGACAUUUGCACGUAUUCCAAAAAAAAAAAUUUUUUUUUGGCUAUACGGGAGAUAAGGUCAGCAAAAGGUGUUGUUGGAUCGAAGUUGAUUGAAGCUUUUUCUCUCCGAAUUUGACUGAACGUUUUCCGAAAGCAGUGAGAAGCCUUUGGCUGUACUUUUUUCUUUUUUAAACACAAGUGUACAUAGAUUAGUACUCAUUUUAGAAUUACAGCCAGAGAUAGAUAAACGACUAAAUGUUUUCCUCCUUGCGUUAUAAUCCUGUCUGUCAGCUCUAACCAGCAGUGCAGCGUUUGGUAAUUUUGUUAAACAAUAACCUUGACCACAGGGCUUGACAGGCCUUCUCAUUCAUGCAGUCGUAUAAACUGCUUUCUCACUUUAGCGAGAAAUCAAGGUCCAAGCCUUCACACAAAGCAUUAUUAAUGUGUUAUUUCAGUAACUGCCUCAUGUGAUCAAAUGUUCAUUUAUCUUGCAUACACUACCUACUUUAGCAACGAUGAACUCGCAUCACUGCUGAUUUUACAAAGGCACUCUUCAUUGUACAUUACUUCAGCAGGGCUUGCUUGUUCUCGCUACGUGUAUACGUCCGUAUAAUGUUAUGGAUAGUUGCUGAUCAUGAUUGUGGGUUUGUAAUUUUAAGAGAGGGACUCAGUUUUGUUAUUUUACUACUCCGUGGGAUCUGUUAAUUGUGUAUGUUGUCAUACAGAUAUUACGGGGGAAACAAGGAAGUGAUUAUUAUUAUUAUUUUUUUUUUUUUUUUUUUUUUUUUUUUU